AUGCCGCGCGGUAACCUACUUCGACACCUCUUCAAGCAUGGUCCACACACGAGAUCAAAAUCCCAUAAGCAAUCGUCGUUAGUCAACAAAGCUGGAAAGCCAGCGGCGAUCACAUCCGAAAGUCCCUCACAAACACUAUCACCUCCACAAACAUUCAAGGCCCCUGCCAUUCAUGUUCUGCCUCGGAUUACCGAAGAAGACUCCGUUCCUUCUGCGACCACACCGUCUCCCGUAAUCUCAAGCGCAGGAAGCACAGAAUCUGAUCUCCUAUCCAUCACCACUGUCCUCGACAUAAACGCGCCUGCCUCCCUGCCGAUCAUUGAUCCAGCGACUCUCACCACACGCGAUCUCGUCUACGCCGCCAUCGAUGAGUCCACAACAGCAAUUGGUACUCAUAUCGACACGCUGGAAACUACGCUGGCGCUACUCCAGGCCAUCACUGGUUUCAGCGAGACGGUCGAAGUGCUGAAUCGGGAGAUGGAAGACAAGAAAAGGGUAUGCAAAAUGAAGCUUAGGGAGCUGGAAGAGUUUGAGAAAGCUGUAGAGAAGAUGAGUCUUCCGGAUGACGAGGCUCAUGUAGCGCAAGAUUGA